UGUGCAUUUCAAACCCAAAAAUCCUCACUUGGGUCUCAAUCCGAAAGUGAUAGGCCACAAAAGAGAGCCUUUACUUCAACAGUCACUUGUGGCCGCUUCAUUCAUAUUGAUAUUCAUGCUUUCUUUCCCUUGUGUUCCUUUCAUGGCGAUCUCGAACAACGUGCCACCCUUGUUGUUGUUGUAGCUUGUCAGUUGUCUCCAAUUGGGUUCCACUUCUGGCUCAUGAUGGCUAUGGGUUUGCUUGAUAUUUUACAAAACAACGGGCCCUGCUUUUUCUUACUACCAGAUUCUUCUAAUCCCACCUACCCCUUUUGCUGCUGUUCAGGGUUAAUUCUUUUCUGGGUCUAUGCUGUGGUGGGGUUCUGAGUUCUCUCUUCUCUUCUCUUCAUGUUGUAACUCCUGGAUCCCCUCCUACUAGUUUUGGGGGUUCUCUUUGAUAUUUGAAGUUGGUUUUUUUUUUUUUUUUUUUUUUUUGUGGGCAUGGAUUGCAUUGGCAAGUCGGAGGGAGAUGUGGGGGAAUGCAAUAAUGGCUUUGAGCUAAUUGAGGAUUGGGGCUCUGAGCUAGGGUUCCACGUGUUUCUGUGAUUGCUAAAUACUGUGUCUUCAAAAGGAGGAAAAAAGGGUAAAGCUUGAUAUGAAGCUUUCAACAUCAGGGUUGGGUCAGCAGGGACAUGAAGGGGAGAAGAAAUGUUUGAAUUCUGAGCUAUGGCAUGCAUGCGCGGGUCCCUUGGUGUCCCUACCAACUGCAGGGACUCGUGUGGUUUACUUCCCUCAGGGUCAUAGCGAGCAGGUUGCUGCCACAACUAACAGAGAAAUUGAUGGGCACAUACCCAAUUACCCGAGCUUGCCACCCCAGUUGAUUUGCCAACUUCACAACGUUACAAUGCAUGCAGAUGUUGAAACAGAUGAAGUUUAUGCUCAAAUGACACUGCAGCCAUUGACUCCGCAAGAGCAGAAGGAUACGUUUCUUCCUAUGGAAUUGGGCAUUCCAAGUAAGCAGCCCUCAAAUUAUUUUUGCAAGACAUUAACUGCAAGUGACACCAGCACACAUGGAGGGUUCUCUGUUCCUCGUCGUGCAGCUGAAAAAGUUUUCCCUCCACUGGAUUUUUCGCAGCAGCCACCUGCCCAAGAACUAAUUGCUAGGGAUCUCCAUGAUGUUGAGUGGAAGUUUCGACAUAUUUUUCGGGGACAGCCAAAACGACACCUUCUUACAACGGGGUGGAGUGUAUUUGUUAGUGCCAAAAGACUCGUGGCUGGAGAUUCUGUGCUUUUCAUAUGGAAUGAAAAGAAUCAGCUACUUUUGGGAAUACGUCGUGCCAAUCGACCACAAACUGUUUUGCCAUCAUCAGUUCUAUCCAGUGAUAGUAUGCACAUUGGCCUUCUUGCAGCUGCUGCCCAUGCUGCAGCAACUAAUAGCUGUUUUACUGUGUUCUAUAAUCCAAGGGCUAGUCCAUCUGAGUUUGUCAUACCACUUUCAAAAUAUAUCAAAGCUGUGUACCAUACACGUGUUUCUGUUGGUAUGCGUUUCAGGAUGCUUUUUGAGACUGAAGAAUCAAGUGUCCGCAGGUACAUGGGUACAAUAACUGGCAUAUGUGACCUGGAUCCUGUUCGUUGGCCGAAUUCUCAUUGGCGAUCUGUUAAGGUUGGUUGGGAUGAAUCAACAGCCGGAGAGAGACAGCCACGGGUAUCUUUAUGGGAAAUUGAACCUUUAACAACAUUUCCAAUGUAUCCAUCACUAUUUCCCCUCAGAUUGAAACGCCCAUGGCAUCCUGGCACCUCAUCUUUUCAUGAUGGCAGAGAUGAAGCAACUAAUGGGCUAAUGUGGCUGAGAGGUGGACCUGGAGACCAAGGACUCAAUUCCCUGAAUUUUCAAGGUGCUGGUUUGUUGCCCUGGAUGCAGCAGAGACUGGAUCCAACUUUGCUUGGAAAUGAUCAUAAUCAGCAGCAGUACCAAGCCAUGUUGGCUGCUGGUUUGCAGAACCUAGGGAGUGGAGAUCUCUUGAGGCAACAAAUGAUGAAUUUUCAACAGCCUUUCAAUUAUCUUCAACAAUCAGGAAACCCCAAUCCUCCUCUGCAACUUCAGCAGCAGCAAGCAAUCCAGCAAUCCGUAUCUUCUAAUAUCCUGCAGCCACAAGCCCAAGUAUUGGCAGAGAACCUGUCUCAGCACCUCCUUCAUAAAUCACACAACAAUCGAGAAGACCAAACACAACAGCAGCAGCACACUUAUCAAGAUACGCUUUUAAUUCAAAAUGAUCAGCUCCAUCAGAGGCAACACUCUAGCUUGCCUUCACCAUCAUAUUCAAAACCAGAUUUCUUAGAUUCAAGCUUAAAGUUCUCUGCUUCAGUUUCGCCAGGGCAAAACAUGCUUGGUUCACUUUGUCCAGAGGGGAGUGGCAAUCUCUUGAAUUUAUCCAGAAGUGGUCAGUCCAUGCUGACUGAACAGUUACCCCAACCAUCAUGGGCCCCAAAGUAUUCAUCUUUGCAGGUCAAUGCCUUUGGCAACUCAAUGUCAAAUGUGCAAUAUUCCGGAAAAGAUACUGCAAUGGUUCCACCACAUUGUAACUCAGAUAACCAAAAUCCUACUAUAUUCGGUGUCAAUAUCGAUUCAUCUGGCCUUCUGCUCCCUACCACUGUCCCUCGUUAUGCUACUGCAUCAGCCGAUACUGAUGCAUCAACGAUGUCAUUAGGGGAGUCUGGAUUCCAGGGUCCUCUAUAUGCUUGCAUGCAAGAUUCAUCAGAGUUGUUGCAAAGUGCAGGGCAAGAUGACCCCCAAAACCAGACACGAACAUAUGUCAAGGUUUACAAAGCAGGUUCAGUAGGGCGCUCACUUGACAUCUCCCGGUUCAGCAGCUAUCAUGAACUGCGAGAGGAGUUGGCUCAGAUGUUUGGAAUUGAGGGUAAAUUUGAAGACCCUCUUAGAUCAGGCUGGCAGCUUGUAUUUGUCGACAGGGAGAAUGAUGUUCUUCUCCUUGGAGACGAUCCGUGGGAAUCAUUCGUCAAUAAUGUUUGGUAUAUCAAAAUACUUUCACCAGAAGAAAUGCAGAAAAUGGGAGAACAAGCCAUAGAAUCCCUUGGUCCAAGUUCAGGAGAAAGGCUGAACAGCACUGGUGCAGAAUCUCAUGACAUUGUUUCUGGACUACCAUCAAUAGGCUCACUUGAAUACUGAGAUAAUUUGAAAAUGUAUUCCAUCAGGUCCCACGGUCAAGAUGACUUCUGCAUGUUUAUUACUUCUGUUUGAACACUACCUAUCGACCUACCUUGCAUAUCUGAAUAUAAUAUUCUGUAUUGUCUGUUCCACUUUCGCCAUUGUUAUUAUUUCUAUGAGGACUGUUGAGAUUCUUAAAAAGAAAAUUAUGAUGAGAAACUUAGGACAUAUUCUUGUGCCAAUUUGUAACGUGUGUAUGUACUGAAAGCUGGAAAUAUAGUGCUACUGCAGUUGUAGCAUUUGAUUUACCGCUUGCAUGAACUGUACACUAGAAAGAAAUCUAGAGAAUGCUGUAUUUAUGCGCAUAUUUUCACGCUUACCAAUGGUGACAUUGCUUACAAGUUUAGUGGUUGAACUUUCACCUCACUGUAGGAAUUCACUAAUUAUUUCAAUUGCCGCUAGUAUUUACCAUUUAGUUGUGGCAGCUUCUCAAACGAU